GGCUAGCCGUGGUUUUUAAUCAAAUGAAGUGAUUUUUAAAGUGUCUCACUUGAUUUCUUAGCCAAAUACAUCAAAUAAGUGUUUUAAACACUUGGUUUUUAUUUUGGAGAACCUUGGAUUUUUUGGUCGGUUUUUGCAUCGGUUGGCUAGGCCGUGGUUAAGGCAAAAACCACAGGCUUUUGGCUAACCACCCACCCAGCGAUGGGAAGAACAUCCCAUCGAUGGUUAAGUAGCCCCUUAGCCAAACCAACUUCCAGAACCAUGCCAAACAGCGAUGGGAAGCUCUACCCAUCGCUGUUCAAGCCUUGGUCCAACAUUAUCACAAGGCAGAAUGCCCUUACCCAGCGAUGGGAAGCUUUACCCAUCGAUGGGAACCCAGCGAUGGGAAGUCUAAACCAUCGAUGGGAAGGCAUGACCAUUGGAAGUAAUUUAAGCCUAUACCACUUAUUUCUUCAAUCUUUCUUCAAAAACGCCUCAAUCAUGGCCGGAGGAAGAUCAAAGUCUAAAGCUUCCAAGAAGAAAAGCACUGCCGAACCCUCAAGCUCCGCGCCUCCUCCGUUCCCAUAUUUGGACGGAUCAUUUCUUGAGUUCGGGUCGGAGGAAGAACUCACACGCUUCCUCACUCACUUUGCCAAGCGCCCGAUCUCUCCACCUCGCGUGCUCCCGGAGUUGUUUCCCCAACACAAAGGGUACCACGACCUCGACAACCAACUCCAAGCGUCGGGUUUGUGGCCAUUCGUCUCCAAAAGCCGCUCGAGCUUCAAUCCCGCCUUCGUCCGGGCAUUCUACUCCAAUCUCCGCCGUGACGGGGACACCAUUCGCAGCAGCAUCAAUCUCUACGACAUAGAGAUUGAUUUGCCUACCUUUGCUCGGGUCGCAGGGCUGCCCAUCCGCGGUGACGACAUCGCAACAUAUGGCGGCGAUGAUUGGAUCCUCAACAACGAGGCGGUGGUCAUCCGAGAGCUUGGGAUCACCAACCUCAUCCGCCACAACGGCGCACCGACGAUUCACUCGGCCCCACCGGACAAGCGCCUCCUCCUCUACAUCAUCACCCGGAUUCUCCGCCCCCGGGACAGCAGCCAUACCUCGCUCUUCAACGAGGACUUGAAGGCGAUUCAUGCCAUCAUCCACGGCGCCUCCAUCAAUUGGGCGAAAUUCGUUAUGAUCCACAUGGCGGAUUGCGCCUCCAUCGCCACUGAGCGGAGCUUGCCAUACGCCUUCCUCGUCAUGGACCUCAUCAUCUCCGCCGACAUCUCCAUCGCCGGCCCGGAUACGAAGAUGACAAAGAUUUGGAUAAUUCAAGACAGCACCUUCCGGAAGAAGUCCGGAGACCGGGACGGCGCAGGCCCAAGCCGUGCACCAGCCCCCGCUCCCGCCAAGGCCUCUUUGCAAUCCAUAGCCGAUACUCUGAAUCGGCUAACCCUCACAGUGGAUGGCAUGGGGCAGUCAAUCGAGCGGAUGGACUGGACGCUGCAACGCCAACACCACGACAUGACGGCGUUCUUUCGCGGCAUCAACUACGUCCCGCCGCCCUUUGACAGCACCUUCCUCGGACAAAACUAUGAAGGCGAGGACGAGGAGGAUAACUCCUAUGCUCCAUCCUCCUCCCCCGACGAGGCCGACUUUGAAGAUGCGGUCGACGGCGAUCCCAUGGACGUCGAGGACGACGAGGAUAACGACGAGGACGCCGAUGCUUAGACUUUUCUUUUCUCCUCUUACUAUGAUUGUUUUGAUAAUGCCAAACCGCCGUGAUCAAGUCGAACAUUGAAUAUACAAGGCGAAGAACGAAGAUAAGAGCAAGAGCUAAACGAAGACCAAGAACGAAGACCUUAAUCAUAGUAUUGAGUCGGUCUUUAUUGUGAUCAAGACCGACCCAAUCUUUACACCUUGGCUCUUUAGGCUAAAAUCU